UUACCAGCUCGGUUGACCCCUUGCACGUUAAUUGUAAUGACGGAAGCUGUUACCAAACCAGGCCUUUCGCAGGUCUCGCUCAUUUUCGCCUGUGGAACGGCCUUGUUCUCGGAUGGUUAUGCAAAUAACAUCAUUGGUUCAGUCACCACUCUGUUGAAACGGAUAUAUGGAAGUGACGCAGUGUCCGCUCACAAUUACUCCACCACGCUCAGCUCGCUUGCCUUUGCGGGGACGAUUGUCGGGAUGCUCACAUUUGGGUACCUUUCGGAUAGACUGGGGCGCAAAUUCGGUAUGAUGACAGCCACUGGUAUUGUCUUUGUGUUUUCGGCACUCUCAGCUGCUUCAUCCGGUGCACAUAACAGUCUUCGUGGGAUGCUUGCGAUGCUCAGCGCAUGUCGAUUUCUUCUCGGAAUUGGCAUAGGAGCAGAAUAUCCAUGUGGAUCUGUCGCUGCCUCAGAACAGACAGAAGAGGAAGGUAUUGCAAAGAAUGCCCAACAUCGGUGGUUUGCUCUUGCAACAAACACCAUGAUUGACAUCGGCUUCGUCGUAUCUGCAUUUGUGCCUUUGGUACUCUUUUGGAUCUUCGGAGAGAAUCAUCUACGCGCAGUCUGGCGUCUUUCGCUUGGUUUGGGGACGAUUCCUGCGCUGGCUGUUUUCAUUUGGCGGUUGCGAAUGGAAGAGCCGACACGUUAUAAGAAAGACUCAAUGAAACGAGCAAAGAUUCCUUAUUGGUUGAUUCUCAAACGCUAUUGGAAGGGCCUUGCUGCAAUCUGCGUUACUUGGUUCAUCUAUGAUUUUAUUGCCUAUCCAUUCGGUAUCUACAGUUCGACUGUUGUCAAUAACAUUACUGGAGGUUCUGAUUCAUUAACCAUCGUCUUUGGCUGGAAUGUUGUGAUCAACUUGUUCUAUUUACCUGGGACGAUUGGUGGCGCAUUCAUUGUGGAUUACCUCGGCCCGAAAUAUACUAUGAUAUUCGGUUUGAUGUCUCAAGCAGUCAUCGGCUUCAUAAUGAGCGGACUGUAUGUUCCUCUCACGAAGCACAUCGGAGCAUUCGCAGUAGUAUAUGGCAUCUUCCUUACUCUGGGUGAAGUCGGACCGGGCAAUUGUUUGGGAAUGUUGGCUGCCAAGAGUGGGCCUACUGCUGUUCGCGGUCAGUACUAUGGUAUUGCCGCUGCAGUUGGCAAAGUUGGUGCUUUCGUUGGUACCUGGGCUUUCCCACCUAUGAUCGAUGCAUUCGGUGGUGCGGAUUCAACGAAAGGGAACACAGGCCCAUUCUGGGUUGCCUCGGGCCUUGCAGUCUUCUCCGCCAUGGUGACGUUCUGCUUCAUCCAACCGCUUUCAGCAGAUGGGAUGUCGAAGGAAGACGUUGCUUUCCGUGCGUACCUUGAGGAACACGGGUGGGACACCUCUCAGAUGGGAGACGGGAGCGAGUCCGCAUUAGUGUAUGACGAUGGUGCCAGCUAUGAGAAGGAUGUGAAGCAAACUGCUUAGUCACUGCCUUGCGUCCGUCUCUGUGCUGUUGUUCACGAUCUUUACGGUAUUUAACCUGCUUUUUUGCGCUGACGUUCACGCUUGCUGUUGUAUCGAAAUGUUAUGAUAUUUUUGGACACGUCUUGUCUUAGCUUCUUUACUUAUACGAAU